AUGAAACAUUCAUGUUUAUUCGCACGAUAUCUUAUCACAUAUCGAUUUUCACUACAAGGGAACAAGGUCUACUCCACCCUUUCAUUGAUGGCAGUACAUAGCCUUUGGCAGGAGCUACUUCCAGGAGCGUCUGAGCGGGUGCCUUUUGUGGUCUACAUCCAGUCAUUCUCCAAGACCCACGGAAGACUGCCCCGUUUAGCCAUUGAUGGCUACCAAUGGAUCUUUGAAUGUCGUUCCUUCAAUGGCUCCAAUGUCUAUAGACUUGAUGACCAAGUACGUAAAUGUUUGAUAGGGUUUAAGUCCCGUAUUCGGUUGCUUCUGCAACUGAAGAUUGAGUUCGUCAUUGUCUUUGACGGGCCGUUCAAGCCAAUUUUCAAGAGAAAUUAUGGGUCAUUGGAGGUGGAUGACGAUUUGAUGGGUAAAGUGGAUCAUGAUCAAUAUUAUAAGAACGUGAUGGAGCAGAUACGUGAGUUGGAGAGAGAUAAGUGGGAUCUUCCUGCUGAAGUUGUACAAUUGCGCAAACUGUUGGAUAAUUGGAAUAUUUCAUAUUUGAUCUCUCCUGGUGAAGGCGAGGCCCAAUGUGCAUACCUACAAACGCAGGGAUUAGUGGAUUGUAUUGUAACAAAUGAUGUUGAUACGCUGAUAUUUGGAGGUACUCUAGUGCUCCGCAAUUUUUCAAAGAAUUUUCAGGAUAAACCUGCGUCGAACACCAGAGAUAUUCCAGAAGAUGAGUUUUAUGUGACCCCCAUAAGCAUGGAUAAAGUGACGCAUGCAACGGGAUUGGACACUGGAAGAUUAUUGUUUGUUGCUAGUUUACGCGGGGGUGAUUACAACCAUGGUGUUAACGAUAUCGGAAUCAAAAGGUCUAUCCAUCUUGCAAAAUGUGGCAGAGCUUCACCUUCAAGCGAGGAGGACGAGAAAGAAAAUGGUAACCAGAAUUCUCUUGUAGAUUUGAGUGAAAAGUUUUUUGAAAUCUACAAGUCCCCUUUGAAGUUCGAUCAGAGAUUGAAGAAACACAAAGAGUUCCGAUCUUUUCUAGUGAAAUACGUGAAAAGUCACAGUAAAGCAAUCUUCAAAAGAAAAUAUGAAGGAGACCUGAGUGGCUUCAUGGAAGAUUUCUAUAUCAUGUUGUAUACGAAGCCCAUUCUAGACAGAGUUUCAACGAUAGAAUGGAAGCCAGUUUCCCAAAUGUUGAAAAUCAAAAUUGAGGAUGUUUACCAAAAGAUUUCUGAUUUAAAAUAUUUCAUGGAAGCUUACACCCCAUAUUUGUUAGAGCUCAAUUCAGAUUUAUUCCGUGUAGCCAAGGAAAAGACUUUAUUUCUUCGAAAGAGUUCCCAUGAAUUAGAAGAUUACCAUGAGUUGAAAAUGUACAUGUUAAAGUAUAAUCCACAAAAAGUGUGUGAGUACUUGGAAUCGGUAGUUGAAGAUGUCGGCAUUUUCCAAGAAGCCGCCGCAGCAGAUUCUACCAACAGAUCUCUAUGGGUGCAUGAGUACAUUCUGGAAGGAAAAGAAGGUUCAAAGCUGGUGCAAGAAUAUCAGAAGAAUGGGUUCCAGUCAGCCUCCACCACUCCCAAGAAAAAGAAAUACAACAAUGGACAAACUUUAUUAGAUCUCCCGUUCUUCAAGAAACAACUGGAGAAGAAGUCAAUCGCACUAAAGACUCCAGAUCAAGUGGACUACGUAGGAGAGCAUAGUACAUCCUUUGCUGUAAGGCUACAUGACUCUCCACAUAAACACCCACCCUCAAGUGCUACAUCGGAACCAAUUUUGAAUUCGCCGAUACGAAACCGGACAUCAAGUUCCAUCAUCAUGCAAGAUGAUCAUCAGGAAGAGCCGUGGUCAGUCAACACUGCAAGUGUCAAAGAGACAUCAAUUAUUGACAUUAGUACCCCGGAUGAGGCUUACAAUGCUCGCGGGAAAGACGAUGCGAUACGGGUUGAUUCGGAGGGCCCUUCAAAAAGAACAACUAUUCUCAGCCGUCUGAUGGAGACACAAGAUUCGGACAAUGACGGAACGGAGUCUGACGUAGGGGAGAGUUCUAGUCUGAUAAUUCUUAGUUGA